CCAGCAGCUCCAUUCUAAGCGCAGGCGCGGCCGGGGCCCACGCACUGACUAUCGGGAGUUGUAGUUUCGUUACGCGGUCCUCCAGAAUCCAAUGCCCGCGCUCCGGUGCGGCGGCUCCCGAAGGCUAAGGCGGAAGUAGGUCGGCUACAACCUGGGAAGCGAGGGCGCGGGAUCGACGGGCGCGGGACGCCAAGGAGGAACGCAGGGCUCUGGAACAGCGCGUGCGCGGGGAUUGGCCUUUCCGGAGGAGGCAGGGCAAGGCCAAGGUGCCGGGGCUGGAGGUCCGGGCGUCGAGCCUGAACGAUGCACAAGAGGAAGGGACCCCCGGCACCCCCGGCACCCCCUGGCCGGGGUGCCGCCACCGCCCGUCAGCUUGGUUUGCUGGUUGACUUCUCUCCAGACGGCCUGAUGAUCCCCGAGGAUGGGGUAAAUGAUGAGGAGCUGGAAGCUGAGUUCCUGGCCUUGGUGGGGGGUCAGCCCCAGGCCCUGGAGAAGCUCAAAGGCAAAGGUCCCCUGCCGAUGGAGGCUAUUGAGAAGAUGGCCCGGCUCUGCAUGAGAGACCCGGAUGAGGAUGAAGAGGGGACGGACGAGGAUGACGUAGAGACUGAUGAGGACCUGCUGGCAGAACUAAAUGAGGUCCUUGGAGAACCAAAGGCUAUGGAGACCACGCUGCCUGUGACUCAGCCAAAGCCUAUGGGCCCCAACCCCGGGGUGGAGGCCACAUUGCAGGAGAGGCUCAUCCUGUAUCAGGCUGCAGUGGAAAGCGCCAGGCAAGCUGGGGAUGGUGCCAAGAUGCGGCGCUAUGACCGAGGGCUCAAGACACUGGAAAACUUGCUGGCCUCUGCUCAGAAGGGCAACACCAUUGAUGAAGGGGACAUCCCUCCACCUGUGGCCUUGGGAAAAGGACCAGCAGCCACACCCAGCCACCCCACUCCUCCAUCCCCCCAGCUGGCACCUAUGAACCUGCCAGUCCCAGAGCCUAGGGUCACCUUGGAGGCCCCAUCUGCCAUCCCACAAACCUCCACCAAGCGUCAACUGCCCUCAGGCCCCUGCAGCCCUGGCCCCCUGGCCCAGUUGCAGAGCCGCCAGCGUGAAUACAAGCUGGCUGCCCUCCAGGCUAAGCAGCAGGGUGACACUGCUACAGCUGCGAGACACUUUCGUGUGGCCAAGAGUUUUGAUGCUGUCUUGGAGGCCCUGAGCCGAGGGGAGCCAGUGGACCUGUCCCACGUGCCCCCUCCACCUGACCAUCUGUCUUCAGAGCCCCCGUUGCCAGCAGCUCUGCCUCCAACUCCUGUCUCAGCCCCCAUCACACCAGAGGUUCCCCCACCCCCACGGAGCCUGCUGGAGGCACUGGAGCAGCGGAUGGAGCGGUACCACAUAGCUGCAGACCAAGCCAAGGCCAAGGGCGACCAACGGAAGGCGCGCAUGCAUGAGCGCAUUGUCAAGCAAUACCAAGACGCCAUCCGAGCUCACAAGGCAGGCCGAGCUAUGGAUGUGGCAGACCUGCCAGUACCCCCAGGCUUCCCCCCCAUCCAGGGCCUGGAGACUGCAGAGCCCACCCAGCAGAGCCUGGUGGGCGUCCUAGAAGCUGCCAUGAAGCUGGCCAACCAGGAUGAAGGCUCAGAGGAGGACGAGGAUGAGACACUUAAGAAGCAAAACAGCUCCACAGCCCCCACAACCCAGCCAAAGGCCCCUCCUUCCAGGGCUUCCACAUCAGGACCAGUCUCAGCAGGCAAAGCAGCCCCCAAGGGUACAUCUACCAGGGCCCAACAACAGCUGGCCUUCCUGGAGGGCCGUAAGAAACAGCUCCUGCAGGCUGCGCUGCAUGCCAAGCAAAAGAAUGAUGUGGAGGGCGCCAAGAUGCACCUGCGCCAGGCCAAGGGGCUAGAGCCCAUGCUGGAGGCCUCACGAAAUGGGCUGCCUGUGGACAUUACCAAGGUGCCACCUGCCCCAGUCAACAAGGAUGAUUUUGUACUGGUGCAGCGGCCUGGGGUGGGCCUAUCUCAGGAGACUGCAAGGCGCUAUGGCGAACUCACCAAACUCCUGAGACAACAGCAUGAUAUGUGUCUGAGCCACUCCUCCCAGUUCACCCACCUGGGAAACAUCGCUGAAACCAGCAAGUUUGAGAAGCUGGCAGAGGACUGUAAGCGGAGUAUGGAUACCCUGAAGCAAGCCUUUACCCGGGGUCUGCCCACACCCACUGCCCGCUUUGAGCAGAGGACCUUCAGUGUCAUCAAGAUCUUUCCGGACCUGAGCAGCAAUGACAUGCUCCUGUUUAUUGUAAAGGGUGUCAACCUGCCCACACCCACAGGGCUGUCUCCCAGUGACCUGGAUGUCUUCAUCCGGUUUGACUUCCCUUAUCCCAAUGUGGAAGAAGCUCAGAAAGACAAGACCAGCGUGAUCAAAAACACAGAUUCCCCUGAAUUCAAGGAGCAGUUCAAACUCUGCAUCAACCGCAGCCACCGUGGCUUUCGAAGGGCCAUCCAGACCAAGGGCAUCAAGUUUGAAGUGGUCCAUAAGGGGGGGCUGUUUAAGACUGACCGCGUGCUGGGCACAGCCCAGUUGAAACUGGACACACUGGAGACAGCAUGCGAAGUCCAUGAGAUCCUCGAGGUCCUGGAUGGUCGCAGACCCACGGGGGGCCGUCUUGAGGUAAUGGUCCGGAUCCGGGAGCCUCUGACAGCCCAGCAGUUGGAGACCACAACUGAGAGGUGGCUGGUCAUUGACUCCCUACCAGCAGCUGUACCCACACAGGUCACUGGGCCCAAAGGGAAGGUGCCUCCUGUGCCUGCCCCUUCGAGGGAGCCAGGUAACAGAUCCUCACGGCCCCUGCACAGCCUCAGUGUGCUGGCCUUUGACCAAGAGCGACUGGAGCGGAGGAUCCUGGCCCUGAGGCAGGCACGGCGACCUGUGCCCCCAGAGGUGGCCCAGCAGUACCAGGAUGUGGUACAGCGCAGCCAAUGGCAGAGGGCACAGCUGGAGCAGGGGGGUGCUGGCCUCCGAAGGGAAUAUGCAGCCCAUCUGGAACGCCAGCUGCACUUCUAUACAGAGGCCGCCAGACGCCUGGGCUAUGAUGGCAGCAGGGAGGCAGCGAAGGAAGCACUGUAUCGGCGGAACCUGGUGGAGAGCGAGCUGCAGCGACUCCGCAGGUGAGCCCAUCAAGACACACAGAGCUUUGGGGCCACCAGUCAGACAAGCAGACAAUCAACGGACAGUUGGUUCUGGACUCACCCUAUCUAGGCGUCAGCCCAGCUCCAGACCCCUGGCAGGAGCAUUGGGACUGUACCCCUCAACUGGGCCUGGCUGGUUGGGGCCUGGAGAGUCCUGUUUGCACAUCCAGGGCCAUCUGGAGCAGGGAGGGUAGCUGGGACACAAGCCACAAGGACCCCUUCAAGCACUUUACUUCCUGCCCCUCCCCAGCCUUAACCCCAGAGCCCUCCCACACCCCAAAGAUGCCUCUAGUUGGCAAGCCCUGCUGGCUCCCCAGGGGCUAUGCUGACCUAGCUAGGCCCCAGGGCCAAUACAAAAUAAACAGCCAAGGCCACACCUGGCUCAGCUCUGUCUUUA